AUGGCGACUGAAUUCUUACCAAUCCUGGAUGAUCAAGACUGCUUUGGUCGCACCGCUCUCUUCUUUAUGUCCUCGAAUGCCAAGGCCAGCCUUGACGUUUUUCAAUGGCACCUGAAAAACGGGGCAAGCCUGUCAGUUUCUGCGAACGGGCGUUUCCCGCAAUGGGACGGACUUACCUGUCUUCAUGCUGCUAUCGCCUCUCUUCAGCCUCGACAUCCAAGAUCAAAAUCCGAACCGUUCCAUGUGGACUUGGCGGAGAUUUUAGCCGAUGUGUCCCCAACUUGGAAGGAUCGAGGGCCAAUUUAUAAUGAAGAUGAUCGCGUCAAUCAGAUAAAACGAAUUGAAUUGCUCAUUCAGCAUGGUGCUGACUUGUUCGCGGCUUCAGAAUUCUAUGGCACACCGACUGACGUUGCCAGAUUCACUGGGAACUUCGAUAUUUGGAUCAAUUCUCUGAAAAAUUGUGGAAUCAAUCCAAAACAAGUCUUGGCGACAGAUAAGAAGAUUGAGCGCAGCAAAAAGUUUUGGGUGACAGAACUUCUGGCGCGCGAACAGAAAUUCGAGAAGCGGAAACUCCAUCAGCACUUCAAUGACAUCUUCGGGGUUCUUGACGACUUUCAAUUCUCGGAGAACGCGCACGGGAUCAAACCCAGGGCAUCUGGAGCUCUACCGGCAAAUCCAUUGCUUCUGAAGACGAUAUCGUACAGAGAGGUACUCCAUAUACUCCGGUCUUCCCUCUUCAACGCAAUUCAUCUGGACGAAGAGAAUCAAGGCUUUGGUACUCGGAUUCUCGCAGACGCUGAAUUCUUUGACGGUGCUUACCAUGCCAACUUCUUUGACCACACCUACUACAAGGGGAGCUCGAAAAAUAUUCUGCUUUACAACAAAUUGCACCGAUAUCUCGAAAUGGUAGCCGCCAUUGCAUCUGCAGAUGCUGAUCUUGAAGAGCUGGAGUGGAAAUCCAACCACUAUAAAUACUAUCCCCUUCUCAAAGCAAUGGCUGCGUUUUAUUUGGACAGAGCCUUUCGCUUUCCUCCCCGUGGCUAUGAUUGGAAAUAUAUGGAUGAUACGAGUGAAGUCGAGCCAAGUAUACCUGGGUCAUGGCCUACAGGUUAG